UAAUAUUAGUUGAGUUGUUUGGUAAUUUAUAUUAAUUUGUUCUAUAGUUACUUUUUAUUUGUACACUUAUGAGCAACACAUGAUAAAAAAUCAUUCGCCACAAAAAAAAAAUCAAAAUUUAUUUAACUUCUCAUUUAAUAUAUAGUAAGAUUUUACAGUUUUACUGGUUGGUUUGGCUCCUCUUCAUUCAGUUCAUUAAUGCAUCUUACACACACACACUAUUUGCAACCUUAAUCUUCGCUGUGACACUUUUGUUGUACUUGUACAUAAUUCUAUGCAAAUGCGAUUUCUUUGCUAGAUAAGUUAAGCCAUUGUGGGAUCUCUCCUAACAUAAUAGGCUUUACGUUAUGAUGUUCCAGAAAAAAAGCAUACGUUAUUUUGCAACAGUAUCUUCCUAAAGGAAUUCCAACUACCAGUCUCUUUUGUUUAAUUUUUCUUAUGUAACUACUUAUAAUUCCAACUAAGAGUCUACCAAAUUCGCUGUAAUCUCAUUAACUACUUAAUGCAUUCUAUUAAACAAGCUGAACUACCAGUUACAAUAUUGUUAAAUACGAAGACAUAAAAUAAUAAAUAAAACCAUGUCAAAUAUAAUAUGACUUAUGCCUUUGUCAAAAAAAAAUAUAUAUAAUAUGACUUAUGAGCUUGUCCUAUAAAUAUUAAGCACUCAUGCUUCACAAACCACACACGUAAACGAAUCUAGAGAGAGCAUUCACAUAACCUUUUAUCUAAAAAUGAGGUUUUCUCAUGCUCUCAUCCCUAUUGCCAUAUUGGCUUUGGUAAUUUCCUUUGCUGAAGCUUAUGAUCCAAGUCCACUACAAGACUUCUGUGUCGCCAUUGAUGACCUAUAUGGCGUUUUUGUGAAUGGUAGGUUCUGUAAAGACCCGAUGCGAGUUAAUGCAGAAGAUUUUUUCUUCUCAGGCCUCAACGUGCCUGGGAACACCACUAACCAAGUUGGGUCCAAUGUGACCACGGUUAAUGUUGAUCAGAUCCCAGGGCUAAACACCAUGGGCAUAUCAUUGGUGCGCAUAGACUACGCUCCAUAUGGACAAAACCCGCCUCACACGCAUCCCCGUGGGUCAGAGAUCCUUGUCCUCAUCACAGGAAAAUUAUACGUCGGGUUUGUCUCUUCCAAUCAAGACAAUAACCGUUUAUUCGCCAAAGUAUUGCAUCCUGGCGACGUAUUUGUGUUCCCCAUUGGAAUGAUUCAUUUUCAGGUAAAUAUUGGGAAAGUCCCGGCCGUUGCUUUUGCAGGAUUGAGUAGUCAGAACGCUGGUGUAAUCACAAUCGCAAAUGCUGUGUUCGGGUCAAACCCUCCUAUAUAUCCAAAAGUUCUAGCCAGGGCGUUCCAGUUGGAUGCAAAUAUUGUUAAAGAACUUCAGGCUAAGUUUGGUCCAUGAAACUUCUAAGUCAUUGGAGUGCUUAUCAUUGCUAUAUUUAUGCACUUAAACAAUGAUGUAAAACUAAAUGUUAUGUCAUAUAAAACUAAAUAAAUAAUGUUGUCUUAUAUAUUACUUCUAAAGCUCUUAAAAAUAAAGUGAUAUCGGCAUAGUUAAAUUUUCAUGGAUACCUAAUCAGGUCUUUAAGAGUUGUUAAAAUGUACUCAUUCCACUAAGUUUCGCGAAAAUGAAGCCGUAUGUUACAUAGAACAUGCGCCAAUAGGCUACUAAAUCACAUCUAAACCAUAGUAUACUAUUUAAUUUUAAGAGUUAGUUUAGUAAUUCUAGGUAUGAUU